AUGAACGUUUCUGAUCCACAAUCCCAAGAUAUUCUUCUUAUGCACCAAGACUCAUAUCCGAAUAUGUGGGCCGGCGAGCCGAAUACCAUGAACAUAGACGACUUGCUGGCAGAUCAAAGACUGGAUAUAAGUGAUGAUGCGAUGGCUAUUCCACCAGAGUUGUCCCUAUCACAGGAGCCCGCACUUUCUGUACAAGACUCACUCGAACAACUUUUGGCCAUCAGUGGGCAGAUCAAUGGACCGAUUAAUGAAGAGUUAGAGGGACUUAUUUGCCAGGGUACAUGCGUCGCUGAUACAAGCCAAAGAUUAGAUUUCCUGACUCAGCAGAUAAAUGACCUGGUUACUACUGUGGCCCAGCUUUCUAUAGAGCUAGGCGGUCUUCUCGAAAUGGAGCAUCAGACACAGGAGAGGCUGAAAACUGCAAUAAACCAGUUGGGACGAUCAAUUCAGGGAAACUCAUCAGGUGAUGGUCGGUCAUAA